AUGCUUGUGCAAUGCAGGAGCUACCGCCUGCUCGACAGCGGCGGCGCGUCCCGGCUCGAAUCGUUCGGCGACCUGGUUGUGCGGCGGCCCUGUCCGUCGGCGCUGUGGCAGCCAGGCCUGCCGGCGAGCCGCUGGGACAGCGCCGACCUCGUCCUCCGGCCCGAGGCCGAUGGCGCAUGGGAAGGUGCCCGCGCCAACCAACUCGGUGAGCAGUGGUACAUGGCGUCGGAGGCUGGCUUCUCGCUCGGGCUAUGGCCGGGUCAGAAUGGACAAGUUGGGGCCUUUCCGGAGCAGGGCACGAAUUGGCGCUGGCUCCGCUCCGCCUGCGAGGCCUCGCCGCGACGCAUCCGCGUGCUCAAUCUGUUUGGCUACACGGGCGGAUCCUCGCUGGCGUGCCUCGCCUCGCGGAACGCGGACGUCACCCACCUCGACGGCGCCCGCGCCGCCGUCUCUCGCGCGCGCUCCAACGCCGAGCUGUCGGGCCUUUCUGGCGAGCCUGUCGAUGACGCCCUCACGUACGUCCGGCGCGCCGCGCGGCGAGGUGAGCGGUACGACGGGAUCGUCCUCGACCCUCCGGCGUUUGGGCGCGGUGGGUGGCCCGUCGCCGCGCUCGACGGGCAGCUCCGCGAGAUCACGCGUGGCGCGUCAGCGGUCAUGCACUCAGGCCCAGUGAGGCAGUGCGCCAGCCUAACCCGGAUCCUGCUGAACAAGCUCCUCUUGUAG